AUGGAACACUCAUUUUUCCCGACGCCCACCACCCGCGCGGAAGCCCUCCGGUGGCUGAGUAUCGCCGAGAAGCUUCUCUCGGCGCGUGACCUCCUGGGGAGCAAAUCCUUUGCGGGCCGCGCGCGUGACUCCGAUCCCUCGCUCACCCCUGCCGACCAAAUCCUUGCCGUCGCCGAGACUCUCCUCGCCGGAGACCGACGGAUCGGAAACAACCAGCACGACUGGUACGCGAUCCUCCGUGUGUCGCCGCAGCAGGGCCGGGACACCGACCUCAUCGCCAAUCAGUACCGGAGCCUCGCCCUCCUCUUGAACCCUCAGAAGAACAGAUUCCCAUUUGCCGAGCAAGCUUUCCGGCUCGUCCUGGACGCCUGGUCCGUGCUCUCAAACCCUUCCCGGAAAUCCGUUUACGAUAGAGAGCUUGCUUUCUAUCUCCAGCCUCGACCCGACCCGUUUAACAAUCCUAUCCCGGCAACGCAACAGAGAGUCAUGUUUUUCGGAGGUAGCACCUCGACUGGACUCGCUCCUGCUACUGCUCCUCAGCCGCAGGCCGCCGGCGUCAAUUUCUCCCAGGCACAGGUACAUGCAACCCCUCAACCUAAGCUUGAACCAGUGGGCGCUAGGUCAGCCAGGAAACCUCAGAAUUUUAUGAAUUUCAAUUCGGGUACUAAUCUUGAUUUCGGGUCCGGAUCUGGUUCUAAACCCAUCCCUGAACCUGCUAAUAAGCAUAUGCCGGAAAAUUAUUCAACUUUUUCUGGUAAUGCGGCUGCAGCAUCUGAGGCAACACAGGAGCAAGUGAAUAAUAACAUUAAUCCUAAUAACCAACAACAACAACAAAACUACACUAACAUUGGUGAUAAAACCAGUAAUCGUGCAAAUGUGAGUGAGAAUGUAGGAGAAAGAGCUGAAAAUCAGGAGGAUGGUGAAAGAGUAGAUGAGGAAGAGGAUAGAGUAGAUUCACCAGAAAUAGGUGAUGGCUCUACAAUGUGGACCGCGUGCCCUUAUUGUUUUCACAUGUACGAGUAUCCUACAAUUUACGCCGACUGUACCUUGCGCUGCCAAAAUUGUACCAAGGCAUUUCAGGCAGUGGUAAUUCCAUCCCCUCCGCCGGUUUUGAAUGGGCGAGAGGAGUAUUUUUACUGCUGGGGUUUUUUACCCAUGGGCUUUUCCAUGGAAAACUGGGAGAAAAACAGGGGUUCAAAUUCAACAUCAACUUGGACUCCAUUUUCCCCAUUGUUCACUUGCCCACAGCCGUUUUCCGGUAGUAACAAUGCUGCUGUUAAAAAGACUGUACGAAAGAACUCAGCUCCUAGGGUUUACAUUGAUGAUGAAGAUGAUGUUUAUGUGGAGGUAUCGGACUCGAGUGAGUCGGACGAUGCUGACUGGCAGAAAGAUACAGAGAAAAGGAGAAAAAAGGCCAAGAAUAAUGUGAAAGGGAAAGGGGUUAGUGGGGGGACACCAAGCAAGAGUGCAAAGAAAGCACAAGCUGAUAAGGGUAAGACCGUAAAUGUUCAAGAUGGGUUGGCUUCUAAAAACGUGGAUGAGACGCCUAAUAAAGUUUCCCCGGAAUUGAGUAAAAAAGGGGCAGCUGUUAAUGCCAGGAAGCUGCAGCCUGGAAGGUUUGCGAAGAAUUUCGGGAAGUUGGAUCUGAAUGUGGAGUUUAGCAAUGAGCUGGAAGAGUCUGCUCAUAAGAUGGACAGAGAAAAUGGGUCGGGCUGUGGGGAAGAUGAAAACAAUAUUGAGGGGAUUGGGUUUUUUGAGGGUCUCGACGAGUUUCUGAGCAGCCUUCCGAUUCUUAAUGUUGUGGGUGAUGACAAGGGUGUCAAGGCAGCUUAA